AUCUAUCGUGAAGUUUGCGGUCGUCCGAUGUACUGCUUUUUACAAUAUUCGGACGUUUUGUAACUGUGUGGUAUAGUAUGAAAAUGUCAAAAUGAAUGUCUAAUGUAUCAAGGAAUUCUGGAGAAUGAGGUAUUGCUACAGUAUACAGCAGCCUUACGGAUUACACAUUACCUUGCCAAUUUAUGAUAUAAUAAUUGCGCCGUUUUGAGAUUAUAUAAUAUAAUCAGCUGAUAAUACCGCCUCAACCGAAUGUGUAUAAAAAGGAAUGAAGUUGUCGUUAUUUUUACCACUUUUAUGCGUAAUAGCAUCAUCACGUUCGCUUAAACAUAAUAAAGACACAAAAUUACUGCACAAACUACAAAGAAGUUUGUUUAUAAAGCCAUAUAUUCCUUACAAAAGAUCUUACACAUCUCGCUACCUGACCAAACAAAGUCCCAGAAAUUUCCAUAGAACAUAUUCAAUUUCAACAAAAUUUACUAGUAUAGCGAAUUUAUUCAAUAGCAAAAACAGAUUUGGCUUUUCACGGAGGGAAUCAGCUAUUAAAAGAGCAAAAGAUUCGCUAGGUAAAUAUGUUACAUCAAAAACCAUAAGUGCAAUACUAUCCACCGUAUGUACACAAGCUUCAACUAAACUUGGCGCUCUUGUUGAUAUCAUUAAGCUUCUGCACCUUAAAAGUCUGAAUUAUUCUCUUUUUAAUCUAAUGAGUCUAAACAACGAUCCCAUUCAGGUCUUGGUCAAACUCAACUAUUUUUUAUUUGUUUGUGAUUUUUUAUUAGGGGGGAGUAUUUUUAAUUUGUUUAAGCUUGAUGGAGGUGCUAUAUUUGGUAGAGGAGAAUUUUAUCGCAUAAUUACAUCGCUAUUUGUUCAUAGUGGAUUCACACAUUUAGUUUCGAAUAUAAGUUCGCUAAUAUCUAUUGGGGAUAAAUCUUUGCGUAUAUUAGGACCAAAACGAUUGUUGACUAUUUACCUUGUAUCUGGGAUCGUUGCAAAUUACAUAAGUUAUAUCUGUAAUUAUGCGCAUAAAAAUGGAAUUCCUGCGAACCUUAUGCACAUUUUAACAACUAGUACAAAAAAACUGGCUAUAUACAGACGUUUUUUAGUUAAAGCAUCAAGUUCUGUCAUAGAUAAUAUAAUUAAAACGGAGAAGGCCAAAUACCUUCCACUAUUUUUGGUAGAUUAUAUAGCUACCUCCUUGGUAAUGACAUUUGAUUCAGUCAUUGCUAUCGUUGCAAGGUUAUUCGAACACACUAUAGAGAAUGAAAUACCAGCAGAGAUGGAGAAUUCUUUUAAAAGAUUCUGCGGGGAUAAGUUUCGAAUAGCCUUUAGCGCAUGUGGUGCAUCCAGUGCAAUUUAUGGUUUGUACGGUGCUGUUUUAGUGAAUCAUCUUCAAUACAAACGCGCUCAGAACCUCGAUAACACGUGGGAAAUUCUAUACUCAUUGAUUUUCCCAUACAUCGCAAAAUCUGCAGGUCAAAACAUAGAUCACUAUUCACACAUUUCCGGAUUCAUAACCGGGGCUUUAUUGGCUAAACUUAUGAAUUAA